AUGAUUAUUUGGAAUUCAAUUAUAUGUAUAUAUAUUGCUUUAUGUCUAUUAGAAGGAAAAGUUACAUUUGAACGUUAUAAAAAAAAUAAUACAGAAGAAAUAAAUACUGGGGAUGAAGUGAUGCCUGAGACUAUUAAUUAUAUGUGUGGUACAGGAGUAAUUAGUGCUUGGAUUUCUAAAACUAUUGCAAAACCAUGCGGAACAUCAAUGUUAAAUAAUUGUUGUUUAGAUCAUGAUGUUUGUUAUGAUGAUUUAAGUACAGAUCAAAAAAAGUGUGAUGAUAACUUUUGUGAUUGUAUUUGGAAAAGUUACUCAAAUUCUAAAUACUGUGCAAGAUGGCUUUCUUUAACACAUUGUACAACUGUCAAAGUUUUAGGUUACUUUCCUUUAAUUGCUGCUCGUAAAAUUAACACUAGAGAACAAUUCAUUGAAGGAAUUAGUGAUUUUAAAACAACUGGAAAAACUUAUUUAAGUGAAAGUGGAAAUAUCAACUUUACAAAACGAGAAUAUCUUGUAAAAUUAGAUGAACCUUAA